AUGGCGGCCUUGCCCAAAAGAAUCAUAAAAGAAACCGAGCGUCUUGUCAGCGACCCUGUUCCAGGCAUCACGGCAACGCCUCUGGAUGACAACUUGCGUUAUUUCGAGGUGACCAUCGACGGUCCCAACUCGUCUCCUUACGCCAAUGGUGUGUUCAAGCUAGAGCUCUACCUUCCCGACGACUACCCCAUGUGUGCUCCGAAAGUCCGCUUUCUUACGAAAAUCUACCACCCCAACAUCGACAAGUUGGGCCGGAUCUGCCUCGACGUGCUCAAAGACAACUGGUCUCCGGCGCUUCAGAUCAGAACGAUUUUGUUGAGUAUCCAGGCGCUUUUGGGAGCACCUAACCCGGACGACCCGUUGGCGAAUGACGUGGCGCAAGACUGGAAGGCGGACGAGCAGAAGGCCAUCGAGGUGGCCAAGGAGUGGACCGAGAAGUACGCUGUGCCCAAAUGA